AACUUACUUCUUGUACUUUAAUAUAUGGUGUAGUAUACGAGCAGAUUUAUAUGUUUCAGCUGAACGUUGGUUGAGUAGAUUUUGUUCUGAAGUUUGUAAUUAGAUUGAAAUGUGUGAAGCAUUUGUCACUUUGGCUACUAAUGAUGAAUACGCCUGUGGUGCACUUGUGUGGGCUCAUUCUUUGCGGGAGGUAAAAACAACUAAACAGCUUGCUUGUUUGGUCACAAAUCAGGUUUCAAAACAGAUUCUGUGCCUGAUGGAAUCUGUGUUUGAUCAUGUGGAAUUUGUGGAUGUUCUUGAUAGUAAGGAUGAAACGAAUUUGGCCUUGUUAUCACGGCCAGAUCUUGGUGUAACAUUCACCAAAUUACACUGUUGGAGGUUGAUACAGUACACAAAAGCUGUUUUCAUGGAUGCAGACACCGUGGUAUUAAAAAAUAUUGAUGAUUUGUUUGAGCGAGAUGAAUUAAGUGCUUCACCGGAUCCAGGCUGGCCAGACUGCUUCAACUCUGGAGUUUUUGUGUUUAAACCCUGUCUGGAAACAUACAAAAAACUUCUUCAGUUUGCAAUUGAACACGGGAGUUUCGAUGGUGGCGAUCAGGGUCUGUUAAAUCUCUUUUUUGCUGAUUGGGCAACUAAAGACAUUCGUUUCCACCUACCCUUCGUGUAUAAUGUUAUAAACCAAGCAUUUUAUUCAUAUCCACCUGCCUUACUACGGUUCCGUAGUCAAGUUCGUGUUGUACAUUUCAUUGGAGCUGAAAAACCUUGGCACAGUGGAUUGGAUAAAUUUGGACAUGUUAUUGUACAUGAUCCAACAAAUGUUGGAACCCUGGAAUUCUUGCAAUACUGGUGGGAUUUGUUUAUGACACACGUUCAUCCUAAACUGAAUGCCGAUGAAAGUGGCUUUGUUGGGAGACUAGCGCAAAUAGAAAUAAAUGAAGCUCAAUCCAGCGCCGUACAUGUUCGACAUGAAUCUGAAAGACAAAUGGCUUGGGAACGUGGACAGAUGGAUUACAUGGGUUCUGACUCAUUUGAAAAAAUACAGAGCCUUCUAGAAUCAAAAAUUAAGAAAUAAAAGUAAGUAUUUAUUAGAACCAUUGAGUGAUAAUCAAGUUGACUAAUGCACAAAUACUUAACCUGCGCAUCCAUGUAUACCUACCAACAUUCACUUACAGAUCACAAACCUAGUUCUUAACUGCUGUUCAUAUGUUUACAUCAUUCUUAACAGUUAUACCACUUUCAUCUGAUUACUAAAUGCCUUGAUAUUCGCGGACAGGAAAAAACAUUUCAACGAUCAACUGCAUGAAUUUUAUUGCUUGUAAUUCCCCACUUAUAUUUUCACUGUUUUUCUCGUCGUUGCUUUCAUUUCUAGCCACGUAGUUCAGUUUUUUCACAUUCUAGGUGAGCACUAACAUAAUCGUGUAUCAAAACAGGAGGUAUAUCUGUUUAACUCGAAACACUACAAUGAUAUGAAUGAAAACAAACUGGAUAAUUAAUAUUUUUUGCGAUUUGUUCUAUUCUUUUUUGAUUUUCAUAUUCUUCUAUGCAAUUUCGAUAAGCCUAUUAUUCAACUUGCAGUCAAAUGUUUUCCUUUAGGUUUUUCUACCACUUUUCACCCUCCUUACUUUGUGUAUCGUGUGUUUGAACUGAUUAUGUUUGAAAUUAGGUUGUUGAUCUUUGAAAUUGUUACGGUUACACAUGCGGAGUGACUUCAUCUGUUUGUAUAAUUUUUCGCUCCUUGCUUUGACUUUGACUUUUUCCUAACUUUUUUCCAGUACUGUGUCAUGUGUAGAAUUUUUUCCCGUAAUUUUUAUUAUCUGACCCUUUUUCUUCUGUCUUUCUGAAAUAUAAAUCCAUUUUUGUUUACUGUUAGCUCAUAUUAAUUUUUGAUAAACAAUGUCUUCCAUGUGAGAUGUUUCAUAAAAAGUAAAUCGAACUGAAAGUUUCUAAGUGUUUUCGUAAGUCGUUUUUGCUUGUUGCCUGAAAUCUGCGGAAGUGAC